AUGACAGAGCUGGUAUGGAGUUUGGGUGGUGCAAGAAAGACAAAACCAUCCAGGUCCUUAUCCUACACGGGUUGUUGGACUUGUCGAAAACGCCGCAUCAAAUGCGAUGAGACGCCUGUUGCCUGUAGGGCCUGUCAACGGGCAGGCCUGGAUUGCGCCGGAUACGAUGUUCGACUGAUCUGGAAUGCUGGGCCUAACACGCGUCGAAGGCGCAUCAAGCCCUGUGCGCUUGGUUGUGCUCCCAUGACGGAAGCCCAAGUGGUACGAGCCCUAGAAACCAUCGAGAAAUCCACGACCAACAGUAUUGGCCCUUUUUCGGUCUUUACAUCUCAACCCCCUUCUGCGAUCUGUUCGGACACACCGGAGGAAAGCCAGAGCCUGCUCCCAGCCGACGAAUACGUCGAGGACAUUUUUACCGACUCCAUGAGCCAUGCUCAUAGUACUCCUCCGCACAGCACCGAUGGGUCUACUGCAGAUAGUAAUACAGACUGUCAGCAGGCAGCAGCCCAGAGUUCUUCCAGUUCGGUAGAAGAGUUGCCAACUCAUCCCCUGCCCGAUGGAACAUCAGGUUUGCCGUAUCGAUCGACGGAAACCUCAAUACCCGUGGAUGAUAUUGACUCCUGGGACGGAACCUGGAUAAUACCGUUAGAGCAGACUCUGACCUCCCGUUUCUCAGGCGCGCUUCAAUUUGCCAACCGGAGUCUUGUCGCUGAUAGCCGCGAAUUUCGUUCCCAUCAGCCCUUCGUCUCUUCCUCACCUCCCCCUUCGGAUACUCAUGGUAUACUAUCAACCCCUGGCCGCGUUGUUUCCAGCUCCGAUCUACCCAGGUUGGAAGGCAAUGAUCGUUCCCCUCAGGGCCCUGUAGCUGGAAACCGGGGAGUGAUAUCUCUUGAUUGCGACCUAGCAUCAACUAUGAUUGAAAAUACGACGGCGACAAUGUUGAUGGACCAUUAUAUGCAGCAUGUUGUCCAUUUGAUGCAGCCAGUGUCCCACCCCCGAAAUCCUUUCAAGACAGUAUACCUACCCCUUGCGCUCCACGGCUCGUCGCAACUAGAACGGUCCGGACGUCGCAGUCAGCUCCAAUCUGCCAGUAUCGCUGCGUUCCAUAGUCUUCUAUCCACUGCGGCGGCCAAUCUGCAGAGAAUGCAAGGAGAGCAAGAAGCCCUUGAGCAACUGGCUUGUCAUCACAAGCAGCGGUCGCUGAUCGCCUUACAAAGUGCACUCGCAACAAAAUCGACCCCCUACAGAGACCUAAUGACAGCUAUACUGUCUCUAGUAUCGGCGGAUAUAAUGGACGGCGGCAUGGACGACCACUGGAUUCACCUGGAGGCAGGAAUCAAACUGCUAGCGUCGAGGCACUACUCCCUGCUUGUCAGCCGUGAGACGAGUCUGCUCAACAAUAUCUGUAAAAUGCUUCAUCUUUUUGGGCGUACGACACGCGUACAUCCUGAACGGAGGGCCUGGCCAGGGUACGACCAUGUUCCCCGGGGAGCCGACUUCGACACCCUAGAGCCCAGUAUAGAAUUUAUAUAUGGCAUUACAACAUCGAUAGCUGGGGCAAUCUUCCGCAUCUACCGCCUUGCCCAGUAUCUUGCGUAUUACCGUGAGCAGGGUCGUCCAUAUCCGGACAGUCUUCUGCAAUCGUGCGAGACGCUGGGAGACGAGCUGUGCUCGUACACUAUAAAUUCAGAAUCCUUUGCGGAAAUGGAUUCGACCGAAGCAGAACCAUACAUGAUAGACAUUGCGCGGGCACAGGCUAAAGCGUUCCAAGGAGCAGCGCGAAUCUACUACUACCGGUCGAUCCAGCAAUGUGCACGAAGCCGUCUCCAUCGGGAGCAGCAAGAGGUCCUUGCAGCCUUGAAUGAGGCAGAAGAUCUCAAGAUCACAUUUGGGAAGAACGGCGCGCUGCCCGCGCCAAUCUCGUGGCCAGCGUUCGUGGCGUCCUGUGAGGCUGUCGGCGAACAGCGUCGACAGUGGGAUGGUUGGUGGAGCCGAGUCCUGGUGUACGGGAUGGGAAACUAUAGUAAGCAGCAUGCUACAGUCCAUAGGGUCUGGAGCAGUCUAGAUGCAGAUCCAGAUGAGUCAAUGGACUGGAGAGAGGCUUUGGCAGCCAUGGGGGUACGAAUUCUGCCUGUUUGA